UAUUAAUUGAUUUCCAAUUUACCGGAACCUUAGUAACUUAAGUGAUUACAACUUGAAAUAUCCAAAAUUUAGAACCUAACACUUCAUCUUUCUCGCUGCAGUGUACCUUAAAACAGCUCCUCUUCCAAGGAGCGCUAGAUAGGAGUUGGGAAAAUGGCGAGCACUCCUUCUACUCCUAUGGCAAAGCCAAAUAACGCUCCGGGGAAACGUCUUCACUCGCAGAAAUCCGUAGACCAAUUACAUAAACCAUUCAAAUGUCCAGGUUCCGCUACGAGAACUCCAGCUACGGACCGACCAGCUCGGAAACGAAAGAGGGUCGACUAUAAGGGUGCUGGUGGCGACGAUGAUGGGGAUAAGCCGUACACGAACGCCGACAGACUAGCUUUAGCGAAUCGAGAUGUGAACCGAUUUCCCGUAUUUCAAGCCAAGGAUAAAGACAAGGUUUUCAGGAAGGCCUUUUGCGUGCCUUUAAUCAAUAAGAAUAGUGCGGCGUACAAUCCAAAUCGCCCGCCGCCAACGCUUGGUCUGAGACAGGGAGCUGUUUUCGUGGCAAAACCUUUGCACGAUCCAAGUGGAGAAUUCGCAAUCGUUCUUCACGAUCCAACCGUCGAUGAUAGGCCAAAAGUGCCGGACAGUCCAAAGGAUGACGAGGCCAAGGAGGUAGCUAAGGAAGAGCUGGAUGCGCCUUUAGUCCACAAGAGUUUAGCCGAGAUUCUGGGCAUUAGGAAGAAAGUUGACAAUGAACAUCCAAGAGUACCGGUUGUCAUCGAUCCGAGGCUUGCCAAGGUAUUGCGACCACAUCAGAUCGAAGGUGUUAAAUUUAUGUACAGAUGUGUCACUGGCAUGAUAGAUGAGAAGGCAAAUGGCUGUAUUAUGGCCGACGAAAUGGGUCUAGGAAAGACGCUGCAAUGCAUCACGCUUCUCUGGACUCUUCUUAAGCAAUCGCCAGAUGCCGGGAAGACGACGAUUCAGAAAGCGAUCGUCGCUUGUCCCUCCAGUUUGGUGCGUAAUUGGGCCAAUGAACUUACCAAGUGGCUUGGUGCAGAUGCCAUCACGCCUUUCGCGAUCGAUGGCAAAGCAUCCAAGGAGGAGUUGACCCGACAGCUACGCCAAUGGGCUAUCGCAACUGGUCGCGCAGUUACUCGACCGGUUAUUAUAGUUUCUUACGAGACGCUUCGUCUAAAUGUUGAGGAGCUCAAGCACACUCAGAUUGGAUUGAUGCUGUGCGACGAAGGCCAUCGGUUGAAGAAUGGAGACAGCCAGACUUUUACCGCACUGAACAACCUCAGAGUCACCAGACGUGUAAUUCUUUCUGGUACGCCCAUCCAGAACGACCUUUCGGAAUACUUCUCUCUCAUCAGCUUCGCAAACCCUGGCUUACUUGGAAACCGGCUCGAAUUCCGAAAGCGAUUUGAGUUGCCUAUUUUACGAGGCCGAGACGCGGAUGCCGGCGAAGCAGAACGCAAAAAGGGAGACGAGUGCUUGACUGAGUUACUAGGCGUCGUCAACAAAUUCAUUAUCCGACGUACGAAUGAUAUUUUAUCGAAAUAUCUUCCCGUCAAAUACGAACACGUUGUGUUCUGUAAUCUGGCUCCGUUUCAGCUGGAUCUAUACAACUAUUUCAUCAAGAGUCCAGAUAUCCAAGCUCUCCUGCGUGGUAAAGGAAGCCAACCCUUGAAAGCCAUCACUUUGCUCAAGAAGUUAUGCAACCACCCAGACUUACUGAAUCUCUCAGAAGACUUGCCGGGUUGCGAGAAAUUCUGGCCAGAAGAUUAUGCGCCCAAAGACGCACGCGGUCGCGACCGUGACAUCAAGCCUUGGUAUUCCGGGAAGAUGCAGGUGCUCGACCGCAUGCUGGCGCGCAUCCGACAAGACACGAACGACAAGAUCGUUCUCAUUAGCAACUACACCACAACACUAGACCUCUUCGCCCAGCUCUGCCGUCACCGCGGAUACGGCCACUUACGUCUCGACGGCACCAUGAACGUCAACAAGCGCCAGAAGCUCGUCGACAGGUUCAACGACCCGGACGGUGGCGAGUUCGUGUUUUUGCUCUCCAGCAAAGCCGGUGGUUGCGGUCUCAACCUCAUCGGCGCCAACCGGCUCGUCCUCUUCGACCCAGACUGGAACCCGGCCGCCGAUCAGCAAGCUCUGGCUCGUGUCUGGCGUGACGGGCAAAAGAAGGAUUGUUUCGUCUACCGUUUUAUCGCGACCGGAACGAUCGAGGAAAAGAUCUUCCAGCGACAAUCUCACAAGCAAUCGCUGUCAUCCUGCGUCGUCGACUCGGCGGAAGAUGUGGAGCGCCACUUCUCCCUGGAUAGUCUGCGAGAGCUUUUCCAGUACAGACCAAAUACGUUGAGUGAUACGCACGACACUUUCAAGUGCAAGAGAUGUAAGCCGGACGGUAAACAGUACAUCAAAGCGCAGGCGAUGCUCUACGGCGAUACUAGCACCUGGAACCACUUCGUCAAUAAGGACUUGAUGCCCAUACAGGAUUUGUUGCUCCGCCAGGAGUGCGGGGAGAACGAGGUUUCUGCUGUGUUCCAGUAUAUCUCGCAUUAAGCUAUUCUCGGAACCUAUCAAGAAUCGGAUUAGGAAAGGGGUGACUUCGCUUUGUCUUGGAAUGGUAGAUUUGGCACGGCGUAUUCGAAUUACGAGCUAUAAGACGUUGUGAUGGCAUAGUAUGACGUGGCAUUUGCUGGUGUUGGGGCUAUGAUGUUUCUGCUCCUUGCUUCA